ACCAGGUGUGGCCACUAGCCUAUAUGAAGGCCCAAAAUUGUGUGUUCCUUUCUGCUCUGACAAUGGCAUGCCCAUUCGUGCGAGAUGUGGUGGAUGAAGAAGCACUUGUGCUGAGGAGAGCCUUCAGGCGAGAAAAGGUCUUCAGGGACCGGUUGGACCCACUGGCCUUCCCUGAUGACCAUCUAUAUGAAAGAUACAGGUUUUCUGCAAUGGCAUCAGGUAUCUAUGCAGACUACUGGGUCCCAGGAUUAAGCACCGCACUGCACGGAGCCAUGCACUGAGUGUGGAGCAAAUGGUUUGUGUGGCCUUGCGCUUUUUGCUAGUGGAGCCUUCCUGUACUCAGUGGGGGAUGCAGAACAGCUGAACAAGGCCACAAUUUGCCGCAAUAAGGAGUGUGUGUCUGGCUAUCAAAGCAUUAGCAGAUGUCUUCAUCUCCUUCCCUGGCCACAGAAGACUCUGUGACAUCAAAGAGGAGUUCUAUAGGAUUGCAGAUGGUCUGCAAUGCUGACUGUGUGAUCAGCAAUGUUGUGGCAAAAUGGCCUGGCUCAGUCCAUGACUCCAGAAUCUUUCGGGCCUCUGAAAUCUAUCAGUGCCUAUCACAAGGUGAAUUCUCUGGUGUGUUGCUGGGAGACAGGGGGUAUGGCUGCCAGCCUUUUCUCCUGACACCUUUCACAGACCCCCAGGAAGCACAGCAGGCCUACAACCAUGCCCAUGCCAGGACCAGGGCCAGAGUUGAAAUGACCUUUGGCCUCCUGAAGGCACGCUUUCACUGCCUUCACAAAUUAAGGGUCAGCCCUGUUAGGGCAUGUGAUAUUACUGUGGCUUGUGCUGUCCUCCACAAUGUGGCCUGCCUGAGGAAGGAGAGGGCCCCCAGAGUGCCACCAGCCAUGGACUGGGACAAUCCGGCAAUCUUCCCUGAUGACGACAGUGGUCGGCUGCUGAGGGACCAAUAUGUGUUUAAUUAUUUUAGUUAGUAUGUGUGCUUUCAAUUUUGGUUAAAUAUGUCCUGCGGUGGCAGAGGAAUUUGGGUUUUUUUUGGUUCGUUUUUGACGAAUUUGGCCUCUUAUGAUGUUUGUGCGGUAUACUGUGUGUAAUACAAGGCUGCAGGGAGGCUACUGCAUCCAUUCAUUUGUCUGUUCAGUUGAUGUGUAUGGAUUUGUCCUGCAUUUAUUUUAGUGUGCAGACAUGCAGGGUGUGUUAUAUACAGACCUUUGAAUGUGUAUGUAUCAUUUUGUAUAAUAUGCUUGGAUUCUGUGCUUUCCAUCUUGUAGAGUCACUGACUUCAGUUUCGAAAGGAGCUGAUGGUUUACCUGCUUUGUUUUGUCCUUAUUCA